UGGCUUGAGCAAGACUGGUAAUCUUUCCAAGAUGGCGUCAGCACAAGUGCGGGAUGGCAUUCGCCUCAGCAAAAUGUCACCAUCUUUUCUGCAUGGCAACUCCACCAGUCACACUUGGGCAUUCAGUGCUAUUGCUGAAAUCAUAGAUAAUGCCUAUGACCCUGAUGCGAAUGCCAAGACGUUGACUAUAGAUAAGGUCAAGGUCAAAAACCAUGAUGCACUUGUGUUCAUGGAUAAUGGUAAUGGGAUGUCAACAGAGAAGCUGCAUCAUAUGCUGAGCUUUGGAUAUUGCGAGAAGAAAGAAGUAAAUGGCCAUGCACCUGUGGGUCACUAUGGCAACGGUUUCAAAUCGGGGAGCAUGAGACUUGGCAAGAGUGCCAUUGUCUUUACCAUUGACAAGAACUCUCUUAGUGUUGGUCUGCUCUCUCAAACUUAUUUGAAAAAGAUCAACUCUGACACAGUUAUAGUACCCAUCGUUACUUGGUGCAAACAGAAGAAGAGGAAAGUCGGCAUGACAGAAAGCCUCAACGCAAUCUUAAACUUCACAUUUUUUGAAACAGAAGAGGAGGUAUUGGAGCAGUUUGAUGAAAUAAUGACACAACCAGAUGCAUCUCCUAAUAGUACAGGGACUCUCAUUAUGCUCUAUGAGCUGAAAAGGGGUUCAGACAACCGACUUGAGCUUGACUUUGAGUCGGAUGGUCGUGAUAUCAUAAACUCUGAGCAUCAUGUCAUAGAUACAGCGAGUCAGGUUCACGACAGACCAGUGAGGGAGUAUGUGUCGACGUACCGCAAGUCACUGCGGGAGUACUGUAGUAUCCUCUACCUGAAGCCACGGAUGAAGAUUGUCCUCCGCGGCAAGAAGGUUAAGACCAAGUUCCUGGUGAAGACUCUCCGCGACAGGGAGGUAGACAGCUACAAACCUAAAUGGCUUAAUGACCCAGUAAAGGUCACAUUUGGUUUCAAUGAUCACGAGAACGACUAUGGAGUGAUGUUGUAUAACAAGAAUCGGCUCAUUAAGGCCUAUGAGAGAGUCGGAUAUCAAAAACAGAGUAAUGGACCCGAUCGUGGGAUUGGUAUUGUUGGAAUUGUCCAGGUGGAUUUCCUGCAGCCGACACACAUCAAGCAGGACUUCAUCAAGACAGAUCGUUACAAUUCGUUUAUGACGAAUCUCGGGGUCAAGCUGAAUGAUUACUUCAAUGAAAAAACCUAUGGAAAGAGUGGUGGUGCGACAGGAAGUGCGACAUCGAAGCCAGAGAAGUGGACGUGGGCCAUGUGUGAGAAGUGUACCAAGUGGCGGAGGUUACCACUUGGCUUCACGGAAGAGGACCUGCCUGACAUGUGGUAUUGCCAUAUGAACCCCGACAGCACACAUAGCCGGUGUGAUAUCGGUGAGGAACCCGAGGAUGAAGACGAUGUCCUGUGUGGGAGAACGGGCGCGUCUUACGAGAAAACGGUCAAGAAGCAAAUCGAACACGACAAACAAAAACAAAGAGAAGAAGAAGAGAAGAAGAAACAUGAUCAGGCUCAGAAGUUAAAGUUCAUGGAACAUCAAGUGACCGCGUUAAAGAAACAGCUAGUCUCCGCUGCGUCCGGUGCUGCAUCUCAUGCCGCAGCCUCGGCGUUGCUAAACAGUCCUGAAGAUGUCGCCCUUCAGGAGAAGUUGCAGGAAUCCAUGCGACGAGAAGAAGAACAAAAGAAGGUGAUUGAACAGUUGAAGGGCCAGCAAAAACAGAUUGAUCGGCAGCGCUCUCAGAUGCGACCGAUGGUACUCGCUGGUAAUCUUAUUGCAAGGCAGCCAGCUGCUAAACCCACUUCCACGUCUUCAAGCACACCACCAACUCCACGACUAAUUGCAUCCCUGCCAAUAGCUUCCACGUCCACACCACCAUCAAUACCAACCAUACCAACCGCACCGCACGUCAAGAGGGAGCCAGGAGAAUCAGCAGCGAAACGCAUCAAGUACGAGGAAGGUGAGAAACAGGUGAUCGUCAUUGACAACAGUGACGACAGUGAUGCAUCAUUAGAAAGCGUGGAUAUUAAACCAGAUGUGAACCAGCUGAACCAGGCAUUGCGGGGGGACAAGACGCCACGUGUUGUCACGUGUACCUCAUCGUCGCAGACAAAGCCAGUGGAGAUUAGUAAUUCCAACCUUAGUGACAAGGACAUCACCAGGUUAGAUCCCUUGCAGCAGGUUGAUUUCAUUAUAAAACAGGAUAAGAUCAUCAAAGAAUCAAAAGAGAAAUUAACCAAGUUGAGGUCGAAUGUGUCCAAACUGCUGGCUUUGAUUGUUCCUGAUGUGGAUCUUGGUGACGAGAACAAUAUUGAUAACAUCUUGAUUGAGAUGAUCAAGGUGAACUCGCAGAUCACAUGAAGUGCUCAUAGUUGUUCUGCCAUCACGCCAAUGCACUCAACUUGCAGGACAUAUGAAGUUCUUACGCAUGGUCAUGCCCUCUGUAAUAAUGAUAUUACAAUGAACUCAUAGUCAAGUGUGUCAGCCACCUCUUUACAAAUGUAGGUACAUGUAUAUAUAUGGUCUUCUGCCAUAUUUCAAUAUGAAUUGCAAUCUUCUAUUCCAAUAUCACUGGUAAGCAGUUCACCAGUGCUGGAUUGAGAAACGAGAUGUUGGCAAGUUUCGGUCCUGCUUCAGUAGGUUUUUCACCUUCUGCCAUAGCUUUGCUUGUUGCUGCAGUCAACGACACGUCUAUUUUUGCUGGCAUCCUAUUUUUACAUUUAUAAGCUAAGUGUUGCAAAUGUAUGAGUUUCUGGUCGUAAAUGGAAAUGUCUACUUCAAUGUGCAGUUUGUCAUUGUGAAUGGUAAAAGACCUUAAGAGGGAGGCUCUCAAAGAGGGGCGGGGUCAAGUGGAACCAGACUAGGAUGAGAAACGGCUGGGGGUUUUUGUACUGUGAACAAGAGCUGUCAUGACCUUCAAGAUGGCAGCACUGUUCCCUCAUCAUGAAUGUCGGAGCUGCUCCUAACUUUGCAGUAAAGUGUGCCGAGUUGUGUGAUUCCAAUUUGGGGUAAUCAUUUCUGUUAAAGGCAUAUGCAGCUAUGAUGGAUUGAUCAUGAUAUCUGUGUGGGAUGAGUGUUCGGUAGUGUCACGAGUCAGUUAGCACUAGAAUAACCUGUAUAUGACCAUUAUAAUAUAUAAUAUUUCCUUA